UCUCUGUUCUAGGCUGGCAGUCGUGUCGUCGCGGCGCCUCACUCUGCCGCUGCCGGUCACCAUCGCGCCGGUCCGUCGGUAGAAUUCGGUUCGUGGUUAAAUAUAAAAAGGAAAUCAACAAGUAUCGGCCCAACGUUGGCCCAGCAGGCAGGCAAUCCUUAUAUAUAUAUCGAGCGAGAAAAAUCUCGCUAGGGUUCAUCCUCCAGACGUCGGCCGCCGCCCUCUUCUUUCUUCUCCGCAAACCCAGCCGGCCAUAACCCUCCGGCAAGGGUCCUCUGUCUGGCGCCCGGCCCGGGUCAGUAGCGCGCCAGAUCUUCAAAUUUCCGCGGGAGGACUGAUGUGCAGCACGUUCCAGUCCACGCCGAAUUCGACCCUGAAUUUGAAUUUGAACUGUAUUUCAGGGUCUGCAAUCCGAUUAGGACCCUCCCUCCCUCCCUUUCCGACUGGGAGGGGGGUGCAGGCUAGUCAUUAUAAAUAGUGGCAGAAUAAGGACGAGGAUUGGCCUGUGAUAAUCGAGCAUCCACGCUCAAAGCCUCGUCGGGUUUCAGCUUCCUACCUCGUCUAGACAUCACACUCCAUGGAGGCGAAUGAUAACGAUUUUAGCGACAGUCCCCGCAGCCAACAACUGGACGGCGAAGAUAGGCUCAGCAUGCUGACCGAUGAUAUUUUACUGUCCAUCUUGGGGAGAGUCAGUUCACUUAUUGCUACAAGGACAAGUGUGCUCUCUACACGGUGGAGGCAUCUGCCUUGGUUGCUGCCUGAACUCAGCAUCAAUGUCGAGGAUUUCCUAUCCGCUCCGCGCGCUGACCCUAUUGAGGAAAAUGAUAUGGAGCAAGCUAUGGCCUCUUUGACCAAAGCAACCAGGAGUUUGUUGAAUAAACAACAGAGAGAAUCCACUAUCUCAAGUUUGCACCUUAACCUCUAUUUGAUCAACACUUUCCUGUGUGAAGUUGGCCCACUGAUAGGUGAUGCAAUCGACAGUGGUUUGUUGAAAGAUUUGGAUCUCAGUGUUCUUGAUGAGACAGAUGCUUUGGCCCGUACUGAGGAGGAUAUGCUGCAGCGAGCUCAAGAAAUAGAUUCUUUUUUCAGUGCUUACCCUAGUGUGCUCCACUGCCUCACAAAGCUUUUCCUAAAAAAUGUAGGCUUUGAUAAAUUGGACAUGCACCAUGUCCUGUUUGACUGCUGCAAGCAACUUCAGCAUCUAAGCCUUUUCCAUUGUGAUACUGGUUCCUACUCUCUCUUUAAGAUUGAUGCACCAGACUCAAAACUUUGUGUCCUAGAAAUUGAGAAGUGUCGCUUUGUGAGGAUUGACCUGGUCUGCCUCCCGAAAUUGGAGAAGUUCUUAUGUGAGACCUGGGUAUCUGAGUAUGCCCCAGUGACCUUUGGUUUUGUCCCAUCUCUUGGGGACUUAGAACUCUCAUGUGGUUCAAAUUGUGAUCAACGCGAAUUUAAAUUAAGUGAGCUUCUAUAUGGAGUAACAAGUAUACACACUCUCACAUUGGAUUUCCAAGGAGAAAAUCUUUGGUUGCAACCUGAAAUGGAGGAACUCCACACCGCAUUCAGCAAGCUAAGGAAGCUAUCCGUACGUGGUAUAUUUGUUGAAUUUGACAUUUCAUGGACAAUAGCCUUUCUUGUAGCAGCACCAUCUGUCGAAAUAUUGCACAUUGAGGUAUGGGAACAUGUGUGCGAUGUGGGUGAGGGCAGGCUCGCUUCCUACCUUACCAGAAGUACUCCUUGGUGGGAAAGACACUUGGACAACAGCUCCGAGAACAAGCUUCUGAAAGAGCUAGAAUUCGCUGGAUUUAAAUCACUAGAACACCAGUUUACGUUCAUAAGAUCAAUGAUGGAGCGAUGUCCCAACUUGCAGAAGAUAGUUCUGAUGGGAGACGAGCAGUGUAGUUCCUGUGACGCCCUUAUGUCGUCGCGUCCUUCGAAAUUUCCAAAUAGGAAAGAGGAGCAAGAAAUGGUGGUUAAGCGGAUUAGAGAUGGCAUGUUCUCGCCAGAGAUAUUUUUUUACGAAUAAGAAGAGAUGCCAAAUGAAUUCCAGUGCUUAUAACUUGUAAGAAACAGUUUGUAUGCUCUGUUUCUAAGAUAAGUCCGUUUAAUGCCUCCAAGUGUGAGGCUUGCCUUUCUUUCA